CGGGGAGUCGUGAAGAGCUUGGUGGUGCGCCUGUGGGACGGGGAUGUGGCUGUAGGCAGGGCUGGUGCGAGGGUUGUUAGGUGUGCUGUUUCGGGGAUUGCGCGUCUGGUGCCUUGAAUGUGCUUCCCCGAGAACGAGGUGGAAGCAUCUUGCUUGUUGCUUCUGGAGAGAGCCGAUAAAAUGUAGUUGGCUGGUCAACUUUAAGCUUACUAUUUUUCUGGUACUUCACUUGAAUUGCUUUUUGUAAUCAGUGGCCAGAUGUCAGGCUCUCAUUGUGACUGUGCAGCUUGUAAGGUGGGGCUUUCCGAACCUGUUUUUCUUAAUGUCCCUUAACAUCGCUACCAACGUGUGCUCUUUCUUUGUAAGCUCAUUGCUUUCAGUUCUGUCUAUGUGAAGCCCUGGGUCUCUUUCCUUAACAGCUUGAUGUUGAACUCUUGGCUAUGCAUAUCUCUCAUUGUUCUUCCUGUUGUCCUUUCACUUAUUUAUUGAAACUUUUGUUGGCAGUCUGAUUAGACUUAAUUUACUGAGGUCAUGUUGUUAGCAGAUGGUAUUAGAUCAGUGUUGUUAUUCAGUAUUCCUUCAUUGUUAUUCCUGGUAAACAGCUGUUUUCUAGGAAGACCAAACUUGAUGAAAACUAGCCAUUUGUGGAGUUGGGUUUUUUUGCCUCCAUAGUUCUUUGUAAGCUAUGUCAAACUAGUUCUUAAUUGUUCAGUUCUCUUGAGAGCUGCUUAGACAAAAAUUUCUUCCUUAUCUUGUUAAUUAGUACAGAUAACACUAAUAUAGUACACUGAUAGGACAUUGGAGAAUCUGCUGGUUUUAUUUUUCACUGAAUCUGAAAUAACAAUGUGGAGUUAUUAUGGCUUAAGUCAGCUGUGCUGUUUAAAAUUUAUGUUCUUGUUUUGUGGUAGCAACUCUGGUUUUAUAUGUUGUUCAGCCCGGUGACUUGUAGUUUCAUCAGUUUACUUUAACAGUUUUCUAUCUUCCUUGUAUUUCCCAGUGAAAAUGAAUGUAAAUGAUAGGUACGAAUAUUUCUGGAGUCAGCAAAUAUAUCUUUGUGUGAAGUCAGUCUUUUACCUUAGGAACACAUGCUGUACAAGUAUACAAAAAUGUGUGUGCUCAAGGAACUGAAUUUUGUGAAGGAAAUACACAUAAAGGAACCCGUAGAAAAGGAGAUGAGUCCUCACCUAUUACCAGGUGAACUGCUGCUUUGUGAGGCAAACACAGUAUACAAGUAUAUACAAGAAGAUGGGUCAAAUCGUGGCACCUAUGGGAAACUUGUAUGCACAAACUUCAAGAUUGCUUUCCUUGAUGACUCCACUUCAGAUGAUAAUGAGCCACAAUUUAAGAAUAAGAUCGUAGGAGAAAAUGACAUAACCCUGCAAUGUGUAGAUCAAAUCUAUGGAGUUUAUGAUGAGAAAAAGAAACUUCUAACUGGACAACUGAGAAAAUACCCAGAGAAGCUAAUUAUCUACUGUAAGGACCUUAGAGUAUUUCAUUUCUGCCUGAGAUACACAAAAGAAGAGGAAGUGAAAAGAAUCGUCAGUGGUAUAGUUCAUCAUAGCCAGACUCCUAAGCUGCUUAAACGCUUGUUUCUGUUCUCUUAUGCAUCAGCUGCCCCAAAUAACACAGAUGGCAGAAACCAAACUGUGAUGUUUGAUACUCUUGAGGACUGGCGUGAUGAGUUGGAGCGGACCAAAGGAAAUGUGAAAUACAAAGCAGUGACUACCAAUGAACGCUACAGAGUCUCUGAAAAGCUGCCUUUGUAUUUUGUUGUUCCCAUAUGUGUUUCUGAAGAGAGUAUCUUGAAGUAUGAAGGCAGAGGCAUUCCUAUUUGGUGUUGGUCUUGCCAUAAUGGUGCUGCUCUUCUCAAAAUGUCUGCAUUUCCCAAAGAACAGGAUGACAGCACUUCACAAACACAAAAAGCCUUCUUGGAUGGAAUCUAUAAGACAAUUAGCAAACCUCCCUACGAACUCCUGAAGACUGAUGACUUGUCCAAGCAGCCUUCCAUCUCUGCAGAUAUCCAGACUGCAUACACAAAAUUUAAACAGCUGUUUUUGAUAG